AUGACGUGGAUUCAUCUUGCCACGCAACGUUCACGAAAGCUUUCGUCACUAAUUUCAGGAAGAAAAGGAGUGCAGAUUGGUAAACUUGUGCCGUUUAAGUCUAUCCCGCCAAAGGAGCUGGGUGUUUCAAUACUUUAUGGAAGUGGAGAUAAAAAUGAUGGUAGCGAAGCUGCUCAUGAGGUCUUGAGAAGACGUGUUUGUAUAACAAAAGUACUUUCUUUGUCCAGUUCUGCACUUGGUCUUGCAAUGGUUCCAGUACUCACAAAUUAUUUGUGGGAUAGUGCAGUCGACUGCCCUCCCAUGAUGGCAUUUGCUGUAGUAGCUAAUGCUUUCCUUGCUUUACUGUCGUUAACACCAUUUCUGCUGCAGUUAUUGGUUAAACGUUUCAUUGUCGACAUAUAUUACAAUUCGGAAUCCAAGAUUUUUACCACUGUUCACUAUGGGUUUUGGAUUAAUAAAAAAGCUUUACGGUUUUACUGCGAUGAUGUUGCCGAUGCUUCUGUUGCGCCGGAGAUGCGAAAACUUUGGUUACCAUUAGCUACUGUUUUCGUUUAUGGACGGCCAUUGUUACUCUCUUUGAAUAUUGAUGCAUAUAAGAACAGAAAUGCAUUUUUAGAAUUGACAAAAAAUGUUUCUAUACCACCGAACAGCGAUUAG